GUUCAUAGCGGGGAUCCCAAAAAAAAAUACUACUGGCGUAGUGGCAUAGACGCAUAGUCAUAGAUCGUCAACACUGAACACUGAGCUUCCAAACAAAUUGCUAAAACCUUGAAAAACCCUAACCAUGGCGGUAAUCCAAUCCCAAACCCAACAACACCACAACUUCCAAAUCCAUCGUUUCCCACAAUCAAAAUACAUCGACGCAGUUCGUUGGCUACCUCCAUUUUCCGCCUUCGACAAAUUCGUCGUUUUGUCUCUCUUCGACCCUGAUUCUUCUUCUUCCGCCGUUGAAAUCCACUCUCUCGAAUUCACAAACUCCCAAAACCCUAAAUCCAUUCUCUCUCCUCUCUCAUCCUCCCCUUCUCUCUCUAGAACCUCCUCUCUCAAAACCUCUCAAUCCCUCAUUGCCUUCUCCACUUUCUCAGGCUCCCUCAGCUUUCUCUCUCCUAAUUACUCUUCUUCCGGCGAAGUUUCCCUCAAUUCAUCCCUCUUUUUGCAGGACAAUGAUUUUCACAUUGGACCCAUUUCGUGUAUUGACGUUUUGGAGAGAGAAUGUGUGAGUGUUGGAGAAGAUGGGAGGGUGAAUUUGGUGAAUUUUGGGGGUGGAAAGGCGAAUCAUAGGCGGGUUUUCGACAGCAAUGGGCUCGUUUCGUAUACCGCCGUAAAAUGGGCGUCUCCCAUGGAGUUUGCCACGGGUGGAUUGGGGUGUAGUCUUCAGUGGUGGGAUCAGAGGAGGAAGCCUGGUGAGCCUGCAUUGCAGUUUAAGAAUAAUUGGCCUCAAAAAGCUGCUUCUGGAGUUGUGCAUUCCAUCGAUAUUCAUCCAUCAAGGAAGCACACCUGUAUGGCAGGGGGAUCUUCUGGUACUGUGUUUGCUUGGGACCUAAGGUGGCCACAACAACCAAUUAUUCUUUCUGGAGUUGGGAUUGGGGAGCGACCAGCCAAUCCUAUUUCAGAAAGUGAAGUAUGGGAGGUGCAGUUUGACUGUCACUUAGAGUCGUCAAAUAUUGCCAGUAUGAGUGCAUCAAGGGUGCUACCUGUAAUGAUGUGCUCUGAAGAAGGGAUUCUUGCUGUUCUUGAACCAGGUGCUGAACCAAUUGAACUCUUGGAAGAACCCUGCGCUAUCAACAGCUUUGACAUUGACAAGCAAAACUACUCUGAUAUCAUAUGCAGCUUGGAAUGGGAAUCUAUUGCUAUAAUAUCAAGGUCUUAAUAUAUGGAAGAGGGUAGUUAUCAGAAAGAGUGAAAGAAAAGCUUGUUCAAUAUGGCCAACUUGGAUUUGAUAAGAAGUGUUGAUGAGAAAUGGUUGUCCAAUAUGGCCAACUUGAAAACAGUUAAGUAAUCCAUCACAACGUGCACUUCAGAUAUGAUACAAAGCUCCAAAUCAAUUGAAUACAUACAAUAGGGUUUGUAUGCUUUUGUAUUCCAUAACGACGACUGUGGAAUUGUCCACCCAAGGCCAUGACUGGGGGUAUCGUGCUCUAUUCUGCUGGACAGGGAGUUCGAUGUAGCUUUUGCUUGUAACUCUAUCGCGUUGUAUGUAAACUUAAGACGUGAAAUGUAAUUGAUGAGGAUAGCUUAAGGUUUCACAUGAAUAGGAUCUAAGGAGAAUUUUUCGUCUCAUCUGUGGAAUGCAAUUUUUGAGCCCUUUUUCUCUC